UUCCUCUGUGUGUUGUCUUUCAGAGGACUGAAUGCUGAAAUGUGACGCUGAGCGGAUCGCCUUCUGUGCACGUCUGCGACAACACACGCGCAUUGUCUGGUUUUGUUAGAUUUUUGGGGACGCAACCUCUCAGAGGAGACAAUGAGGUGCUACCUGCUGACUGCCAUCUUUCUCCUGCCCAUGGUGGCGUCAGAGUCGGAGCACUGCAUCAUUAAGCGAGAGCAUGAGAAAUGCAUGGAGAAGAUCGCCAAGCACGACCCCAGUGAUGACCUUGAAUUUGCAUGCCCAUGGAUGUGGGACAACCUGACCUGCUGGCAGGCUGCUAAGGAUGGUGAGGUCGUGGUGGUUAACUGUCCAGAGCUUUUCCAUGACUUUAUGGGCCCUGAUGACGAAAUGGGGAAGGUGAGCCGUAACUGCACAGAGGACGGCUGGUCUGAACCUUUCCCUCAUUAUGUGGACGUCUGCUUUUUCUACAACACCACAAACCCUGAUACAUACUAUGCAUCAGUCAAAGCGCUGUACACGGUCGGCUACAGCACAUCGCUGGUGUCUCUGACUACAGCCAUGGUCAUUCUUUGCAGGUUCAGGAAACUCCACUGCACCAGGAAUUUCAUUCACAUGAAUCUGUUUGUGUCCUUCAUCUUGAGAGCCAUCUCGGUUUUCAUUAAGGACGGUGUGCUGUACGCUCAAGAAGACAGCGACCAUUGCUUUGUGCACACGGUGGCGUGUAAAGCAGUGAUGGUUUUCUUCCAUUACUGUGUGAUGUCCAAUUACUUCUGGCUGUUCAUUGAGGGUCUGUACCUCUUCACCCUGCUGGUGGAGACUUUCUUUCCUGAGAGACGAUACUUCUAUUGGUACACCAUUGUAGGAUGGGGAACUCCAACAAUUUGCGUCACUGUCUGGGCAGUUCUGAGGCUUCAUUUUCACGACACAGGGUGCUGGGACACUAAUGAGAACACUGCCCUCUGGUGGGUGAUCAAAGGACCUGUUAUUGCCUCCAUAAUGAUUAAUUUUGUGCUCUUCAUUGGAAUCAUCAUUAUUCUGGUCCAGAAGCUGCAGUCUCCAGACAUCGGUGGGAAUGAAUCAAGUAUUUACCUCAGCUGUGCUCAGAAAUGCUUCAGUGAGCCCACACAGGCUGUUCAGCAUUCGUGCAGGAUGUCAGAGUUAUCUACCAUCACACUGCGUCUGGCGCGCUCCACCCUCCUGCUCAUCCCUCUUUUUGGGAUUCAUUACACCGUGUUUGCCUUCUCACCUGAAGAUGUCAGCAAGAGGGAGCGUCUGGUGUUCGAGCUAGGCCUGGGGUCAUUUCAGGGCUUCGUGGUUGCCGUCCUGUACUGUUUCCUGAAUGGAGAGUUUCUCCCUGAAGGUGCAGUCGGAGAUCAAGAGGAAAUGGCGCAGCUGGACGGUGAACCGGUACUUUGCUGUGGACCUGAAGCAGCAGAGGCACCCUUCGUUGGCCAGCAGUGGAGUGAACGGCGGAACUCAGCUGUCCAUCCUCAGCAAGAGCAGCUCCCAGAUAAGGAUGUCCAGCCCGCUGGCGGAGAGCACCAACAUCAGCCUCCCAACCUGAGCGUCUGAUCGGCCGAAGUCCACUUCAAGGUGCCAUUCCACAAA